AUGUCGAGCCAGCCGCAGCGGAACAAACUUCGCGCGCUCCAAGUCGCGGCGGAGGGCCGCCGAAAGAGUUCGAAGGGCCAAGGGGAAUUGCUGCGCGUGUUGCGGCAGCAGCGUGUGUUUGUGGAUGAAAGAGCGAUUCACUUUGUUUCUGAGGGACGACAAGGGCCUCGUGCAGAUGCGCGCAAUUCUGUCUUCAAACUGCAAACGUCUUUUGCGGAAAAGAGCGAGACAGACCAGGAACAAAGUCUCCGAAAGAAGUUCUCAGUCAUGCACAAAGAAAAUGACGAAUCCGGGGAUGAAGGGUGGGGAAACCAGUAUGCCACUGUCCCGGAGGCAUUGAAGACAGAGCGAGGCAAGUCCAUACUCGCCGAACAAAACCGAGACGAACUUCUGGACGCCAUCGAGAACAUUGAAGCGGAGGCCGAGCAGUUGCCGGAAGACACCGUCACUCGGGAGGAAAUUGAUGAAAAGGCGGCGUUGAACCAGACGAUCCAGCGCUACAGUGUGGCUGCCCCAGACGCGCUGUCACCGCAGCAGCUUGAGGCGCUCGCCAAGAUUGCGGAAUCAUCUCACACCGAAAUGACUGCAGAGGAAGACGAAGACGAAGCGAAUGACGAAGACAGCGCAGACGAUGAUGACGACGAUGAGGACUUCACCUCUCAGGAUCUGCACAAGCUCAACGACAUGCAACGCGAAUUCCUGGGCAACAAUAUGAUCCAGUGGAUGAACAGCAUGGAGGCUGGCUACAGGCAUGGCAUGAUUCUUGUGAAAAUCAACUGCCUCGGCGUGGCCUUCAUCAGAAAUGUGAUCAUCAAAGACUGCCUUCUGAUCAUCGCCCAGCCCAACAACUGGCUCCACACGGCGAUCAACCCGCGCAAGGUGGCCCUGACGUCCGUUGAGUCCGUCUCACUUGGCCGAAACUCGCGGGAGUUCCAAGCCAUGGAGAAACGGAUUCAGGACGGAACACUCGACGAAAAGCUGCCGUCCCCAAAAUUCUGCGCCGUCGUUCACCUUCCGUCCUACCGAACCCUUUCCCUCGUAUUCGUGGAUGAGGAGCACAGGAACGGCUUCGUCUUCUUUUUGCGUAUCAUGAUGCAGAAGGCGAAGGAAGCUGAGAAAAAGGCAUCUAGAUGA